AUGGGUCGCGCGCUUUAUAUAGGACUGAGACUGGUGGUAACGCGACUUUUGCUUCCGAUCUUCAAUAGCGACGAAGAAUUGGUCGCGUUUAAAUGCGUGAGAAGCGGCACCAAACAGCUUCUAUACCACCUGCUUUCUUCGGCUCCAAGUCGUUGUGACUUGGACUUGUUGAUAUUUAUCCUUAUGACGAAAGAUCAAAGAAAAUAUACAAAUGGCGGGAACUUGACGAACCCUUGUCAACAUCUGCAUCUGCACUUCCCGUACCGGCCAGUCUGGAAUCACACUCAUUUGUGUGAAUCUACAGUCACGCUACUUUCGACCUCUGGAAGGCUUUUGAUAUGGAAACAGAGCCAAGGCUUUGGGAACGCGGCCUUCUUCGGCGGCGGUUUCAUGCCUUCUCAAGCUACCCAAACUGCCGAUCCAGCAUUUUGUCGGCCAAGAUUUCAAAGCGGCCCGAGAGAUGAGAAGAUUUUGCAUUCGCCAUUUCCCUCCCAAAAUUGCGUUGUUCAACCAAAGUAGCUUGAAUAUGAGGAACACUUUGUUUUCGCCGUUGUUUCUUUGUGUGUUGUGCGUUUCAGUGUAAAAGAAGCUAUACCGUUGUGUUUGAUAUUCCAACUUGUUCUAACUUGCUUUUCAUGUGUUCCAGCCUUAGAAAUGGCAUGUGUAAAAGUUCAUGGGCAUUUAGAUGGGCUUCAAGGCAAAAAUAAUAUGAUGGCAGGAUGUGUUUUGUUCCCUUUAAAAGAUUAGCAUGCGCCUUUUCAAUGCAGGAUGGCAGUGAGGGUGUGCAGAUUCGUAGAUGUAGACUGUUUGAAUCGGUCGAAAGAUUGAAUUGGGAACUUAAAGAAGGAAUAGAUAGAUACAAUCGGUGUGGUUUUCAUUUACAAGUUUUGUCUGUACUUAUGGUGUUUGGUUCAUAUUAAGUAGAAGCAACUAAUGAAAAGUAAAUAUAUGAUUCAGAUGCUGGCACUUCAUGACCUAUUGAUUAUAAGGCUAUCGCGCCAAAUCAAUUCAUUAAAGUUGUACCUUCCUAAUCCUACCAAUCAGCAUACAAAUUGUAUUACUACACAAUGUUUGUCAUCCUCUUUGACACUCCAACAUCUUUCUAAGUAACUGUAAUAAUAUAGAUUGAUAUCAAGAACUAAGGAUGAUUUGCAUGUUUUUCCAAUAUUUGGUUUCUUUAAAUAUACUCCCUUGACUUUGUCCUACCUCUAAUGAUUUGAAAUAACCUGACUAGCUUGUUAAGCCAAAACCAGUGCAUACUUUUUUUCUGUAUUUGAUUGAUUCCAUCAUUGAAUAAGAGGAAGAUUUAACCUGC